AUGCCUUUAUUGGUGGACUAUAUUCGAGCCAUUGCUGACCCGCAGAUACGAUCAGGGGGCAAAAAAUCGACUUCUUCUGAUGUGCCUGCCUUGUCAGUCAUGUCUGAAGUCAAUGGAGUGCUUAAGGAGCCAUCCCAGUUCGACCCAGGUCGGCCAUCUACGGGAAGAGUGGCUAGUGCAUCGAUGAUGCGAUCAGUAAUGAACUCAUCCGAGUCCUCUUCACCGUCUGAAUCGAACCAGUGGUCUUCAGCCAUCGGUCACGCUAGCACAGGGAAAUCGGGACGAGUCAUUGAGCGGUUACAGGCUGAUAUCGAUCGUCUACGUCGGGAAAAACAGUUACUCAAAUUGCGGCACGAAGAGGCUGAAAAGGCCACUGAAAAUCUUACCACGCGCAAUUCUUAUCUCCAAGACAGAAACAGCAACUAUGAGCAGUCGCACGAAGCCAAUAUUCGACAAAUAGCCCGAAAGGAAAGGCAGGUCGAAGAUCUCCGGGAAGAAUUGCGCAGGGAAAAGUUGAAAACUUCCAAGGCUGAGAAUCAGGCCGAGGUGGCGGCCACCAACGAAGAGAUCUGGAGAGAUCAAGCCAGUCAGGCCAAAAGCCUGGCAUCACAAAGAGAGUCUGAAUACGACACGAUUGUCGCUUGUAGAAAAAACGAUUACGAACGCCAUCAGCAAGGCCUGGACAAAAUUAAGAGCAAUUUCAGUGUACUGCUGAGAAGACAAGACGAUGAUUUGGAAAAGCAGAAGAAAUUGGAGAUCAUUGCCGAGCAGCAAAGACAGACGAUUGCUCAGCUGGAAGAUCUGACGAAAAAGUUGACCUCGAAUUUCAAAGCCUACAGAGCCGAAAUCGAUACCGCAAUUGCAGAUUUGCGGCGCACGGCCAGUUCAAAUGAUAGCGCCAUCACCAGAAAAUUGGAGGAGAUGACUCAGGUUACUGGGCAAAUGCGAUGGGUGAUAAACGUGGAUGAAAUUGUGAAUUACAAUCAUCGAGGUCCGCCACCACCUACGACGAGACCAGUAUCACAGGGGAAAGACCAACUCGACGGUCAUGCGGGAUCCGAAAGUGAAAGGCAAGGCGAGCGAGAGAAGGAAAAGGACAAAGAGUCAGGUCGACGAAGCCCAACCAAAGGACUCCUCACCAAGCACCGACGGAAAGAGUCGAACAAAUCGUCCAAAUCAACCAAAUAA